AUGUCCACCCCUUCUGCUGGAAACCGCCUGGGCACCCAGGUCGGCGGUGCUCCCAGUGCAACGCCCUCCACACCCCUUCCCAGCACCAUCCAGGACGAAGACACUGGCGACGAGUUCAUCGAUGUCGCCGAUGAAGACCUCCAUAACCUGCUCCUUGCCCUCCAGGAGGUUUCGUCCAAGAAGACGGAGGAGACUGAAGCCCUUCUCCAGCGCGUUCGCGACAUCGACUUGUCCAUCCCUCUUCCCGUUGGAUUCUCCGUUACCAAGACGAUGGCUCAAAUCACGGCGAUUCGUAAGGACAUUGCGGAGCUCGAGAAGAAGGCUGCAAACGAACUGGAGUGCUACAAGGACAACAUCCACACGACCACCAACGACAAUGGAGGCCUCCCAUUCCUCCAGAAGGCCCUCAAGAUGUACGAGGCGAGACGUGACUCGCUUCUCGAAGGAGGACCACACGAUGCCGAAUACUACGAGGCUGUGACCAGCUCCCUCAAGUCCAUCAAGCAGGUCGAGACCCUCAUCUCCGCCAAGUCCUACUCCAUUGCCAUGACGGUCCUGAUCCACAAGAUGGUAAGCGAUGGCGUUGCCGAGCGCCGCAAGCUCUACGAGACCAUCAAGACUGAGGCCGAGGCCGCGGACUAA